UUUAGCAUAAAGGUAAUAACCUGGCAGGGCCGGGUUUUAGUACAUUUAGCAAGCAGUGACCAAAACAUGUGGAGCACUUUGCAGGGGAUGGGUAACCAGCUCUAAUGGGAUCUUCAGCUUUUGGUUGGGAAUUUGAUGUGCUCUUUGCUUCAACUUUAUUAAUCUCCACUUCUCUCCCUCUCAAUCCAAAACCCAACUCUAUAUAUAGUGUGCAUGAUUUGGUCUCCCUUAACCAUAAAGAACUCAUGAUGGAGAGGAAAAGUUUGAGUAGCAACGUGAACGGCCAUAGUAAUAUUGGAAGUAAAGCGUGCAACGACAAUGACAAGAAGAAGAAGCUUAGAGAUUCAUGGAACUUUUGCAGCUGCCAAAGCAAUGGACAUGAUUAUCUUGGUGGGCUUUCUUGGCCUCCAAGAUUGUACACUUGUAGCUUCUGCAAAAGGGAAUUUAAAUCUGCUCAAGCUCUUGGAGGUCACAUGAAUGUUCAUAGGAGAGACAGAGCCAGGUUGAGACUGUCACCUCCAAGGGAUGACCAGUAUCCUAUUCUGACCCUUAACCUGAACCCUAACCCUAGUUUCUGUACUCCAUUCAAUUGCACAAUACCAUCCUUGGUUACUCCUCCUCUUACUGCACUAUCUACACCAUCUUUAGCUUCCGAAGUCAGGAAAUGGACCGUUGGUGGUAACCCUCUCGACCCUUCAAGCCCCAACCUUUCUGAUUUAACAACAAACGGGAGCAGAAAAUCCUUCUUUGAAAACUUCGAUGGUUUCACACGGCAAGAUGGAUUCAAGAUCUGGAAUAAGGGUGAGAUUGUGAGGUUAGAUUUGGAUAUUGGUCUUGCCAGUGACUCCAAGGAUGAUUUGGAUUUGGAACUUCGACUGGGAUCUCUUAAUUAGGUGAACAUGGGCAGCCUCAUCAACGCAAACUAACACGUUAAACCUUGGAAGCUUGUAGUUGCACCAGUUGUGAGAUUAUGUAUUAUAAGAUGUCUAAUUGCUUAGUUAUUAAUCCUCCAUAGUUUCUUGCAAAGUUAAGGAGAUAUCAAUUUCAAAAGCCAAUUAAUAUUGUCCCUCGCCUAGAACUCGUGUUUCUUUUACUUUGAU